AUGGUUAUGGAGAACGAACCAUCAGCAGUUCGUCUUCGACGAAAACUUACAGAAUUAUCAAAUGAAUAUUCAAAUGAAAAACCAAUUCAUACACGAAGUAAAUCAGCUAGUAGUCGUGUUUCAACAUCUGAUCCAAAUGGUAGUCUUCGUUAUCGACGUAUGAGACGAAAAGUUGAUGCACUUCGUACACAAAUAGAUGCAGCUUUACAUGAUAAUUAUCUUACAACUGCUUCUCCUACAGAUAUGAUUCCGACACGUGAUGAUGAUACAAUAUUAAAAAAGAAAAAUGACGAACAAAACCUUGUCACGAGUGAACUUAUUCAAGUACUAAAUAGUAAACAGACAAAAAUUGAUGAACUGGAACAACAAUUGAAGGACAUCGAACAACAAGAAUCGCAGUGGAAGGCAAAAUACGAACGAGAAUGUCGUCGACGUGAAAUUUUACAACAAAAAUUAAUUGAACUUGAAAAAGAAUUACAAAAUAGACAACAUCAAUCAAAACUUCUUGGACAAUUACAAACUGAUAUUGAACAACUUCAUUUAGCUUUUAAUGCUCUUGAAACGGAAAAUUCACAACUUAAUGCUGAAUUAUCUUUUAUUCGUAAUAAUCGUCCUUUAUCAAUUCGUCUUUCAUCUCAACUUGAACAAUAUCGACAUGAAAUAGGACAAACAUGUCAUGAAUCAAUGUGUUAA